UGCAAGCUGGAUUCCCCCAAAUAAUGCAAUCCGAAAUCCGAUCCGAAAUCCGAUGGAAAGCCUCGGAUUGAUCCGAUCGGAUUUUUGAACCAAUCCGAUCCGACCGGAUCGGCUUCGGAUCGGAAAAAACCUUAAUCCGAUCCGACAUAAUCCGACGGAUUAGGAUCGGAUCGGAUUACCCAUUCCUAGUUGAGAGCACUGAUUUAUACAACCAAAUAAAAUAUUUUAAACGACUCCAUGCGCUUCGUGCUAAUGCCCAAGAACAAGGAGAGAAGUUUGCCAAAUAUGGGCGAAAGGAAUUUAAAUGGUCCAAGUUGCAGUAAAAAGAAAUGCCUUCUGCUCAAAUUGCAACAUUUUAUGGACAAGUUUGGCUCAAAAAACCAAGACUUUUGUGUCCAGAAAGUGAAGUUGAAGGAACUUGUCAGGAGUAAGUAUGCACGAGGAAGGAGAAUCCAUAACUUGGAAAAUAGGACGUUCAUAUCCAGCCAGCCAGGUAUCUACGUACGUACUUAUCUACGUGCAUAUUAUGUCCAGGCUGUGUUUGGAAGUGCAAUUAUUCCGGUAGAGUCAACAUCUCGGAGAAGUGAGCCCACUUUAACCAAAUAUUUUCACUUUUCUAAAUAAAUGCCAGGUGUCAUAUAUUACGAAACCGGGCAUGGAUGUAUGUCCUCAUUACGACAUAAAUGCUAAACGGGAGGGAAAACUACCAGCCUAUGUACCAUACGUAUGCAUAUGCAUAUGUACCGUAAUGAUUAGGGUGGUGUGCUAAGGUAAACAAAAACGUCUCAGGACUUGGGGAAAGCUGCCAAUUAAAGUCCAUACAUAUGGAAUUGUGUAACUCGAUUGGAAAGUAAGCUGCAGGUCUUUAGUGUAAUUUUAGGACCGCUUCUGACCGGUUGGGUAGAAAUGAGAGGUCACCUCAUCGUCCUCAUGAAAGCUGAGAUCAUGAUGAUACCCACUUGGAUUUUGUUUUACUGUCAACAAUGCAACAGUGGCACGGACAACAUAAUUGACUCGAGAGUUCUCAACAGGGACGUGAUUUCUACCCAAUAUUCCCAAGAUUUUCACACCGGUCUCCCAUUAUCGUGCAAUAAUUUCGCAAUCAUUCCCAACAUUACGAGCGUCUUAAGAACAGCUCCAGACACGGGAAGAGGUCUUAUCAUUCCGCAAGAUCGCUUCAUUUUUAUCAGCGUGGCGAACGACCAGCAAUUCCACGAUGCGAUGAUUUCUAUAGACAUUUAUUCCCACCACGUGUCUAAAUGGAAGCCGACCUACAUUCUACAAAUGUCACCCGAAGAGUUCCCACCUGACACCAUUCCACAAAAGCUGGCCUCGUCCUCUCAAAGGUUAACAUGGAUUGAUCUCGCUUCCCGAAUUUUUCUACAAUUUGGGGAGACUGAGAUGUACGAGCUUUAUUUUAUAAAGGGUGCACUUUUCUUUAAAAUGGUGACUGACACCUUCUCCCUCUCGCCCUAUGGGUUGGCCUUUGGUGAAAGCGAGCUUUUCAGGAGGAAGAACUUUGAGGGGGUAUUAAUCAACGGGGUGACACAGGAUGACAAGGAGCUCUUCCUCAUCGCCACCUUUGAGAACGUCAGCAUCCCCAAGUUCGAGAGUGGUUUGUCAGUCUCAUACUUUGAACUGAUGGCUUGGGGUCUCAACUUUUCAGUCGGGGCUGUUCGAGGAACAGGCUGGAUUCGCCGCGCCGAGGACGGUUCUUUACUUGGCAUGGCGCAGCAACUCAUCAGCGGCGAGGCAGACAUACUCAUCGCCCACUCCGAACUGCUUCCUUACCGUCUCCGAGGCCUCAAGUUUUUGCACCCCUACUACCGCGGAAGCGUCAGAGCGUUCUUUAAGCAGCCCGGAUUGAGUAAAAUCCGCAACAUUUUCUUCAACCCUCUCCAACCAUCCGUUUGGGGAUGUCUAUUUCUGCUCUGGCUCCUGCUCGUGGCCUGCUUAAGGGUCACUUCUACCCUCAAGAGCAAACUUCUGGGGAGACCAGGGGGUAAAAAUGGGAGAAAGAGCUCAGACCUCGACUUGGUCGCCUCUUCCGUCCAUGAUAACAACGAAAAUGGGGACUUUAACGCCACGAGACUUCAAAUGGACAAUCUGUUGGCGAGAGACGCCUUCCUCUGGGCAAUCUCGACAGCUUGCGGGCAUGGUUGGCACAUUCUCCCACACUCGGGUUCCAUGAAAUUAAUCAUGCUCUCGGGCCUAACGACAUACAUCUUUUCCUACACCGCCUACUCCGCCGCCAUCGUCACCUCGCUCUCCGUCUUUCUCGUGCCCAUUAAAAACUGGGCUGAUCUGAGCGGCUGGAGUGGGUACACGUUGUAUGGCGACGUGCUCCUCCAGUACAGCGAACAGUUUGCUAACAAAAGUGGCUCAGAUAGUAAAAAGUCGACCAACAAAGGGCUCAUGAAUGUGACGGACGCCCUACUUCGGUUCCAACGGAAUGAACCCAUCGCCCUUAUCUCGGUUUAUGAUCAGUUCUACCAAAUUGCGGGCAGAGCCAAUUACUCGCAUGAUUUUCUGUGUCGUUCCGUCGCAAAGGUCACUGUGGACGGGCAUGUGGUCAAGGGAGGCAUGAUCGUGAGGCAGGACUCCCCGUUCAACAAAUACUUUAACUUCAUCACAAUUAUGAUACAAGAACGGGGUCUGGAUGCCCGACUUUCUCGCCACUAUACGAACCAAUGGAGUCCGGGAUGCUUGGUGCAGGGGACUCAACGCGUGGACAAGCACAUUUUAGAGAUUAACGACGUUUUCACAGCUUUUGCCAUCUUGUUGGCAGGCUUUCUCGCGAGUGGAUGUCUAGUUCUGGUGGAGCGAGGGUCAGCAUCAGGUAGCCGGGGUCGAAAUUACAAGCCCUCUUUACAUGCAAAUUACAGAAAAUCUACUUUACGACGAAUGUGGGGCUGGGGAAUUGUAAUGUGGCGAAAUCUGAGGAGAAUGAUGCGAAUAAAGAGUGACCACCAGAUUGUGACCCCACCAAAAUCAAAGCUAUAAUGAUGAUUGCAAUAAAAUCACAAAAUACACAAAAUGUC